AUGAGGCUCGCCACACUAGUAUUUGCACCGCUGGCGCACGCGUUCGUGAUCCCCUUCGAGUGGGAUGUACGCUGGACCACGAAUGCGGUCGAGAGCGUUCUCGGUGAGAAGCAGACGAUUUGGAAGAUGAUCAAGGACGAUGACAAGUACACGCGCAUCGUGCGGAUCCUCGAGUUUGAGGGCUCGGUCAAGAAGGAGCUCGACAAGGAUGCGCUUAUAACGUUCUUUGCGCCGAACAAUGAGGGUCUUACUCCCCCGAAACACCGCACCGAGGAAGUACCCUCGCUCUCGUAUGUCGCUCAAGCCCUAGACGAGGAGCCGUGGCUGCUCGACGACGGCGGUGACGACGACGACGAUAAGGAUAAGAAGAGGCGCCGCAAGAUCCUGAAGCGCAUCGCACACGCCGUGCUCAAGUACCACAUUCUGCCGGAUUCGCACGACGCAGCGUCCCUCGCGCAGAACAGCACGAUGGCGACAACGCUCCACCCGCAUGACGGGAGCGCGGACGGCCUAGCCCGCCGCAUCCAUAUUGGCAAGGAGCUUGUCCCUCCUGGAAUCAGCAUCAACUUCUAUGCACGGGUCAAGAGCUCGGCCGGGGCGUCUAACGGGCAGGUGCACGAGCUCGCGCACCCUCUCUUCCCGCCCGCGUCGGUCUUUGACGAGAUGUUCAUCGCGUCGCGCUGGCUCUCGACUUCGACGUCUGCGAUCCAGCGCGUCGGAGGGGCCAAAUACCUCGAGUGGGGGUAUGACCGGGAGAAGAGCAAGCCUGGGAAGCCCGUGUUCUCGGGUACGCCUCUGACAACGUUCUUCGCUCCGUCGAACCAGGCGUGGAACUGCCUCCCACACCGCCUGCACCUGUUCCUCUUCUCCCAGUUUGGACGGCACGCGCUGCGCAAGCUCCUCAUGUACCAUGCUGUACCGCAUACGCUCGUGCACGCCGAACUGGUUCACCACGCCGAGCACAAGAAGGCCGAGGCUGAGCUUGGCUCAUUGAACGACCCGAGCUUCCGCCACGAAUUCGAGGUCCACUCUGCCCUCGGCUCACCACUCAAGAUCGUCGCGGAAAAGAAACGCGUCCUCCCCAUCGAAGGGGCUGUCGUCACUUCCAUGACUGUCAACGGGGUUAGCGUCAAGGUCCUAGACGUAGUCGCCUCGAAUGGAGCGUGGCAUAUCCUCGACAAGGUCCUCUGUCCGCCACACAAGCACAAGCCGCAUAUGGCCGACACUGAUCCCUGGGAUGACUGGGAGGACUGGUUCCUUACCUGGGCGGAGGACGCCCGCAUCCAGGGAUGGUGA